AUGAACUAAUAUAAUUAAUUUGAUAAUUAUUAGUAAUAGAAUUAAAUUAAUAAAAUGAGGGAAAGCAGAUCUAUAGAACAUUAGGAGUAAAAAAUAUCUCAGUAGUAAAGGUAGUAAGAAGAAAAUAUGCAUAAUUAAGAUAUGAUUGAUACUAUGCAGAAUAAUAUGGGAAAUAUUAAUUAAACAGCUAAUUUUUAAUCUUAAGAUGAAUAAACAAAUAAAAAAGAAGUUAUUAAUACAAAUAGCUUAAAACUCUUAGUUAAAUUUAUAGAUUACCUAAAGGUUAAAGGAGAAAGCGAUGUCAAUACACUACUAUUAAUGUAAGAGAGGCUUUUAUACACUGCUUCUUACUUGCUUGAACGAGGAGCAAAUAUACAUGAAUUGCACUUUGACUUUAAAAACGAAACCAUUUAAUUUGUACAAAAAGUAAAUCUUAAAGCCAUGGAAAGUGGUAAUGUCCUUGGAUUUGACGAACUAAUUAACUUAUUAAGUAGGGCUAUAGAUAUGCUUUUAUAUAAGCCCAUUUUUUCAAGAAUCGAACCUUUUUCUAAAGUUUUAGAUUUAAGAAUUUUAUGUUUUAAUAAUUUAAGCUGCAUAUAUCGCUAAAAUAAAAUGUAUCAUGAUGCAUUAAAGGCAGUUGAUAGGGCUAUUGAAAUGGAAGAAAUUUUAGUGAGAGAAAAUUAUGGAGAAUCAAAUAAAAAUAUAGCUAGCACUUAUAUUAAUAAGGCUGUCAUCAUGUCAGAGUUAGGAUUGCAUUUAGAAUCAAUAGAUACCAUUAAAAAAGCUUUAGAUAAUAUGGAAAGCUUUAGAAAAGAAUGGGAAGCGAACUUGGAAGAACAAGAUAUUUUCUAAUUAAAAUAUUUAUCUGUAAUUGCAUACUUUAACUUAGCUGUUGAGCAUGAGCAUUUAUUCUACGUUUAAUACGCAAAAACAUUUUAUGAAAUAGCUCUUAACAUAAGCAGAGAGUUAAAUUAUGGUGAAAUGACCAAGACGAUAGAAAAUGUUUUAAAAAAAAUGAAAAAAGUGCCUCAAGUAAAUAAAAAUUGA